CGUUUUAAAGGUGAACCAUGUUCAAUGGGCGUAGACUUGUCGAGUGGUCACAGCCCUCUUUUUGACCAACCAAUGAGUUCAUUUCUCGUGACAUUUGACUUUCCUUUCGAGAACAUUAAACAAGUGAUUCUAAUGGGGUUUGCGAGGAAUCAAUUUUUAAUUGAAGCACCAAAGAAAUCGUCUGCUCUUGCGAUAAUUUAGAUGCUUUUUCUUUGCGGAAUUCAGUUAAUUUGUAGAGGUGACAUUGUAUUCUCCUUGUGUACGUCGAACAGAAAAUAUAAAGUCACAUUUUAACACGAGCACUAUGGAGUACUCGAAAGAGUCGAAUUUCACUUUUGGAAGAGAUAAAACUCGUUGAAAUUACAAGAGAAACUAUCGCCAUUCUAAGGUAUCCUCGAAGAUUGAAGACACGCGUAAGGUGAUGUGGAGCCUGUGAAAAGAAUUAUGGCGCUGCUGGCACUGUUAGGGAGUUUUCAAUGGCAAAGAUGGAUCUCUUUUCUCGUUCUUGCUUGUGCCGUCCUCGGCUACAGGAAAUUAGAAGAUAUUCCAGGAAACACAAGGCAGUUCAUUUCUAAAAUAAACCACAAUUGCCGAGACUUCAAGGGAGUUCUCAAUAGAUGUCACGUGUGGAAAGAUAUGGGUUUCUGCUUCAAAUAUCGUCGACAAAUGCAGCACGUGUGCAACAGAACCUGCCAGUACUGCAUUCCAGGUCAGAAGCAAUGGCAAGUUAUAGACAUAAAGGGAGUCUGGGGUGAAGUAAGAAAACCAGGCGUUGCGCAUGGCAUGUCGUCAGCGGUGCAGCCCAAGGUUAAGGCUCUAGCUGUACAAAUUUUGGGAAAAGAAAGAGCGCCACAAGUCGACGAUGCAGCCAGUGCUAUAGCAACGCAGCUGGAAGAUGGAACUGAUCGCGGAAUCUCAGCCUCGCCAAAAGUUGUAAGCCAGCUUAACAAGUUUCACAUAGGCCUUCAAAAUGCAUUAGCACCCAAUGAAACUAAGGCAGCAACAAGUGACGAAGCAAAAGGGAAAAUGUCCACAUCCCAACCUGUUUCGCCAACAGACCAAGGAGAACACAAACCACCCCCAACUAAGGGUCCUUCGAUUAGUGGCAUAACACAGGUAAGCGCAGAGAGUAAAGAAGGGCAUCCUGUUGUCGUUUUAAUGGGAUAUGAGCUCGGCGAGAAGUCAAGUCAGAAAGUCAAUGACGUUCUGAAGAACACUGACUCUUUUCAGCGCAUUGAUCCAGGAGCAACGAAUAAUGUAGGUCCGGAAGGCGGGUUCACUAAUAAUAGACUGCUAGCGUUAAGAGAAAACAACGUUCCUUACGUCAAGGCUGCUCAGGAACGCAACGUAACUAGCAGGAUUCCCAGUGAAGAAAACGUCCCUGAGUCAGACCUACAGGAGAUCUCGACACUGCUAGACAAUGCAGCAUCCUCUAGCGAGGGCUUGCGUAAUAAUCAAUACAUGCAUGAAGAGACGAAUGAACGUAAUGCCGAUACAAAUGCUUUGCAGUUCAAGACUGAUGCACCAAGUUUAGACACUCAGGCGAUGAACGCUUUACAAAGCAACGUUACGCACGACGAAGGAACAGGAAAUCCUGACACCGUCUUGCCUGUUAGCUCUGACGAGACAGUGAAUCAACAAACUUUUGACCAACUGACUAAGCAUGCUCAACAAGACACGCCAGUGGUAAAUACAACAAGCACGGCUGAUACUGCAUUAAAGCCUCAUAGCUUAGAAGGCAUGCCAUCAGAUAUAUCAGGAAUGCUUAACAAGCAUGGAAAUAUCAAUAACCCCAUUGUGCAGAUGAACAGACCGCUUCCAAAGCACGCUUUCCCGGGUUCCUCAGGGAAGCAAGUAACGCUUACAAUCAAUGAAAAACCUGGCACUGGGGAGGCUGUUUUUAAAGUUCAAAAUUCCCCUCAUACAACUGGAUUAAGUUACGAGACUGAAGGAAACUCGGGAAAUUUGCUUCCGUCAUCUUAUCUCCUCCAAUCGGAAAGCGAAGAGGCAAGGGCUAAGUCAGAUGAGGAAGAAACAAAAAUCAGAGAAGCCACUAACGCCAUUAAAAAUGUGAUAAAAUUGUUUGGACAAGACAACCGUCGUGGUCGUACUAGACUUAUUCAACAGGCAACGCAGGAUUUUCGGGGCGAUUCCAAGUCACUGGAAGACAGUCGUGAAUUAAGUGAGUACGAAGCACAGGUUGCACAAGCGCAAAACCAGGAACGUGCAAAAGCCAGCGCACAGACCCUUUCGCAACAGAGUGGACAGGAGUUCAGUCCUAAUGAAGUGGAACCUGGACUUCGCCCGCCAAACUACGCGGUCGUCAGCACGAGCGAUUCCAAGGAGUGGAAGAACCUAGCUCGUGUGCUCGCUACGCAACUGAAACGUGUACUGAAUCAUAUGGAGGACCGUGAGAUGGAGAACCGACAUGAAAAGGAAAAGAUACAAGAGGAAAUGAUGCUCAUGGCCCAACAACAGAUCAUGGGGAGAGAUGAAGAUGAAGACCCGGAUAACGAAAACGAUGAGGAUGACGGGGACGACGACGAAAUGAACAACAGAGAGAAAAGGCGCCAUUCUGUGCUCAACCCUUACGUGAAACAACGCUCUGAAAAUUCCACAAAGAACACAAAAUUAACAGACAAGAAAUUGUCCAAGACAAAUCCCAGCAGGAAAUUUACCGAACAUAAUUUGGUUCACAGAGCUGUGAAAAAGUUACCACGAUUAGAAAAGCUCCAUAAAUCUAAGAGACAUCAAAGCCGACUGGUUAAGUGACAGAAAUCGCUAAGGUGAAACCUUCAAGACGUUUUCUCUUGCCUUAUAAUCUGUUGUUUA